AUGGACGCCAAGCAAAAGGCGCUCAAGAUCAAGUACACAGGCGAUCUGCACCAUCUGCGCGUGAAGCUCACGUCGUUCUCUCUCGAGGCUAUGACGGCACUCUUGGCUGAUACGUUUAGUUUUAUGCCCGGUAGCUUUGUGGGUCAUCACACGGACGUGGAGGGCGACUGCUUGUACGUUACGUCGCAGGCCGAGUAUAUGAGGGGGCGUGUCACGUGA